GCACGAUUUCAAUUUAGACAUAUUUGGUAAAAAUGAGGCACAAUAGGAAUUAACUAUUAAAAUACAGGCAAAAUAUUUUAUUCAUGUAAAAUAUAAAAUUGAAUAUAGAGCCACCUAGUGAGUGUUUUUAAAGCUACUGCGAUUGAUGAAUUCUAUCAGGGAAUAGUUGACAUCUUUCACCGUCAGAUGUCUCUUGUGUACUAGAGUGUUUGAGAUCAGCCAACCAUCUGUUUAGGGCCGGCUCUUGGCACACUCUACGAGAAACUCGAUACCUGCCAGGGCGGUCGUUCUAUUUCUGCUAUAUCAACUCUGGCCAGAGUUAUAUUUAGGUAUGGCUGAUCUCAUUCCCAUACCGAUUUGGAACUGGGUGUCGAAAGCAUGGAGGAGCAUGGAAGACUUGGCGGAUAAGAUUGACGAUCUCAUCUGCACAUUUGAAGGAGGUAGUGACACAACCAUGGAUACAAUCGCGAUGUAUAUGUUUGGGUGGAUGCUUGUUGGACUUAUAGUGUUAGGGGUAGGACGAUAUGCUUAUGCUAGAUUUAUUAGGACUAAAGAUGUGAAAGAAAAAAGUGACACCUCAGAGGUGACAACCCCAGUUUUAAAGACUGAUGUCAGUACAACUGAUUCUACUAAACCCCUUGUUAAAGAAUCUUCCAAGCCAGUUGCAUCUGGUGGAAAAUAUGUUCCUCCAACACCUCCUGUGCGAAAGAGACUUGGUUCCAAAUCCGGUGCAGGUGUUGUUCGACCGACAGGACUUGUCAAAUCGAAAUCAAGUUCUAUGACCCAUCCUCCUCCAACAGCUACUGGUGCUGAAAGUGAAAGUGUCAAGUGGGUGAAUGAAUUAUUUUUAUGGCUUUAUACUGAUCUAGUGGUUGUGAAUGAACUUCUUAAUGCUUGGAUUCUGUCAUUGAAUGAAUUCACGAAGAAGUCUGUAGCCGAGCAUGGUGUUGGUGUAGAAUUCGUUCGGGUUCUUCCAGAAACUCCACCUCCAAGUGUUAGCAAUGUCUUUUGUGAAUGUGCUCCUAAUGAUGAUGUGACAAUCACAUGCGAUUGUGAAGCGACACCAGCGCUGCAGGUAAAAGCUUUUCGCCAAAAAAGUGAGAAAGUGGAAGUGUCACAUUAUCGUCUUAAUGUUAAUAGAUUCCGUGCCAGGUUGAAUAUUGUUGCUAUCACUGAAAAACUUCUUGUUGAUAUCAAGUGUGAUGGCUGGCCGGAGAUAAAAGUUUCAUUGGCACAAGUUGGUUCAAUCAAAAAUAAUUUAGAUGAGAGCCAACUUCAAGAUGUUAUUUGUGAAAUUGUUACAACCGCUUUACGCCAGACUAGCCUCAACUACAACCUCAGUCAGUAUCCAAACUGCCCUCGCUUGGUUAGGCAUCCUGUCAGCCCAGCUCAUCUCCUACCUCUUCACUAUGACAGCAUGUUGGGCGGAGAUAAAGUGAACAGGAGGCUUCUGGUUAAAGUCAUCAAAGCAAAUGGACUUGGAGCAUCUCAAGGAUGCAAAGAUCCAUAUUGCAUAGUUGAAGUAGAUGAACCUGCUCAAAAAAAUCAAACAGCAGCAAAAAGAGACACCAACAAUCCCUCUUGGGAAGAACAUUUUCUUUUUGACAUAACAGACCAUACUACAGAAAUACUUUUAGAAGUUUACGAUAAGUUCCAAGGAGGUAACAAGUUCCUCGGUCUUGGAAUCGUUUCUAUGGAUGAGUUGUACACGAAUCCGAGUCAACGUCAGAUAAUCUCCCUUCAAAGUGCUCCCUACCAUGAAGAACCUGUUUCAGGAACGUUAACAGUUGAGUUCUUGUUGAUCGAGGGAGCUGAUCUGCCAGCAACUGGGGAUAAACCAUUUAAGAUUAAGGAAACUCUGCGUUCUGUCUCUCCUUCAGGACAAAUGGUCACAAAAACAAGGACAACUCUCACACAGCCCGUAGAUAGGUUAACCAAUGGUGGUGAUGGAAUUACAGAUCUUGCAUUGAAGGAAAUAGAAAGAACUAGAGGAUCACAGCCAAACAAAAGUACCUUGAUCAUUCAUAGUGUGCAAAGGACUCCACAAUCACCUCAGCAACAAAUCUUAAAGGUGGAGAUGACAGAAACGGGAACAUUUAAUGAAGUGCCCGAUGAUAAAAGUGACGAUAAGCCUGGCUCAAAUGCUCCAGCCCCUGUAGAAAACACUACAGCUCUAGAAGAGAAUGAAAGAGGAAGAAGUAGAAAAAAGAAACGAGAUUUCUUUGGCACUUUGAGGAGAAGACUGAAUCGUUCUAAAACAAGGUCCAGAUCCGUUGGACCCGGUACAGAGGGAAAUGAGUUGGUGGAUCCGUUGGCACGGUCGGUCUCAGCUGAUCGAGCUAGAGAUCCUUCUCUUCUCUCAACAGGUAGCCCUCAAAACAACACUGCUGAAAAUUCCACUAAUCAGCAUGUUCCUGGUCUUAGGGAAGGUUCGGCUAGGUCAAGCCUAAGUGAAGCUUCAGGGAUCAGUGGUGCUUCGAGCCGAACUUAUGUCAAUGAAGCAUCUACACUUGUUCUUGAAACAGUAGAAAAUGGUAUCAAAAAAUACUACUUGGUGCCCCUGUCGAUGGCACAGAAGAGCAAGUGGAAGAAAAAGGGCACUAAAUUACAUAUAUUUAAUGAUCAUACCUUCAUCGCUAAACAUCUCCAAGGUGGAACAUUGUGCCAAGUCUGUAAGAAGGCACUGCCAAGGAGAUUAGGAAAGCAAGGAUAUGAAUGUAGGGAUUGCCAACUCAAGUGCCAUAAACACUGCCACGUUAAGGCAGAAACGACAUGUCCAACCUCAAACAUUCAUAACAUAGAGCUAUGUUCAGUAACCCAGAGCCCAUUUUUCACAAGGAAGCUGGAAACCAAACCCAGCCUGACUGUACCAAAAUAAGAAGUAGCCAAGGGGAAACCCUAUUCCUGCCACAGCUGCGACUGACGUUUUAAGACGGAGACAUAGCUUUCGGUUCCUGUAGGCAAUCGCUACGGCCUAAUUUCUUAACAAUUCAUAUACCAUAUUUAUAUACUUAAAUAUUUUGUAAAUAUAUUUAAUACUUUGUUUUUUGAUGGGUGUAAGGGGAGACGUUGCCUUAACAAAAGCCAUUUUUCCACACGACUGCUUUAGCGAAUAUCAAGGCUUAUCAUUUGAUUAUUGAUAGAUAGAGAUUUCUGUUAAUGUUUAAUUAUAAAUUAUGAUAAUUUAACAUUAACUUCUCUUUUUAUUUUAUUUUUCUUCAAUAAAUAAAUAAUAAAUAUUUUAUGUUUAAAAAGGAAAAAGAAAGUUACUUAUAAUUAAUUAAACAAUUAAAAAUUAUUGCUUUGAAUUAUUGGCCUUGAUGGAAAAAUGCCUUUCUAAACUAUUAUAGUAUAAUAACUAAGUUGUACAAAAAAUGCGGAACAUGUAUACCCGGUGCUAUUUAUUUUUAUUUUUUCUACAUACCAUUAAUUUAUAGAGUAUAAUACAACAAUUUUAUAGGUAAAGUUAUACUUUACAAUUUCUAAAUUUAUGUGAUAUUACAGAGUAACAUUGUUUACUAAAAUACAUGAUCUGAGGUAAUGAUAGAUUGAUAAUUGUUUAUUAUAUUUUUUCAUAGUUUUAUUCUGAGUUUACACAUUCAUUUUUUCUAUGAAUAGAAUUAUAAUUUCACUUUUAGCAAUUUGUUAAAUUGGUAGGUGUUAAAAUCUUGUAUUACGAGUGAAUUUUGAUUGAUAUAAUAUGAAUUACAUUUAUGUAUUUACUAUCCAUACGUUUUAACCUAAUUAAUUAUUCAUUAUUAAAUCUUAAAAAUAGCUAGUCACUAUUUAAAUGAUUGGUGCUUUUAGACAGGGACCAUAGAUUUUUCUAUUUCAUUGUUUUAUGUGAUUGCUGUUAUGGAUAAGGCUCAAAUCACAAAUAAAAAAAGAUUUAUUAACCAUUGCAAUAUUAAAAAUAUAAAUAAAAAUAGGAUUUAUAAUAAGUUAUAAUUGUUAAAUUUUAAUUGUAUAUCAUUCUAGUCUAAACCAUCAUUUAGAUAACAUAUAACAUGACAAUACCAUUAACAAUGAUAAAGUUGAACUAUAUAUUCAUUUCUCACAAUUAACAUUAUUGUGAUUGUUUUAACUUAACUUCUUAAAGACAUUUGUUAUCAUUUAUGUUGUUAUUUUAUUUUAUGAAAUAGUUUCUUAAAGUUAUUUUAUAUUUAUUAAUAAGUUUAUUUUUGUUUAAUUGCUUACACAUAUUGUAUGGAGUACUAAGGGAUUGUUUUUUUGUUGUAAAACCAUUCCCAUAUAUUUAGCUCUCUAAAUUAAAAAAAAAACGAAUUAAAAUCUGUGUACUUAUAAUUUUAUAUUUAUUGUUUAUAUAUGUUUAUAAUUAUUGUUUUUUAAAAAUAUUAUUAUAGUUUCUCAUUUAUUAAUAAUACUUUAUACAUGUAUAUAAUAUUUUUCACCCUACCUAUUUAAGUUGCACAACAUGUAAUGAAAGGUUGGAUACCUAUGUCUUGCUUCUGUAAGUGUUUGUUUAGGAAUGCCAUUUUUAUGUUACCAUUGUUUUAAACAAGUAUCGAGGUAAUAAAUACCUUUUUUAUAAUUUCAUCGUGUUCUAUUAACAACCAUUUGUUUUUAUAAAAACAGAUCUUAUUAUUUUAGGUUUGUAAUACUUUUCUUAAUGCAGCAAUUAAUAAGAAUAUGGAAUAAGUUUCCCGGAAUAAAUAACUUCUUGU